AUGCGCAGACCUUCUAUGAUGGUGUUGGCCGACUCAACAAUAUCUCAUUCGCAAUGUCACUCUAAACAUGACUCGACUCCUCAGAAUGUUUCGAAACGGUCCCUUCGAAAGUCAAUUUCCAUACCAGCGGUCUCCACAAUUGUGAAAAGCUCCUGGAAUUGGGCCGGCGAAACUCUUGGCACAUACCGCGACGGCCUCACAUCCGAGCAGCGCAGACAGAGGGCCGACAUUGAAGAUCGCAAACAGGUAUUAUACUUUCAAAUAAGAAAUGUGUGCAUACUCUUGCUUCCACCAGCUGUGUCGUACGAAGAGUGGAAGACUUGCGCCAGUGAACUGGAUAUCCUCGAAGAUAACACAACGUGGAAAUACACAUUAGAAUGCGAUGAAUACCACCCGACUUUUGUCCAGGAGCGUUUGCGACAGCUAGAAGAGGCGCGAAUUAGCUGUGAUGUGAGCCGAAUGCUGUUUCUUAUUCGCACGUCGUUGAGUCGCGACCUUGGCGAGAUGAACGGAGCAUCUCUGUACCGGCAUUCGCACAUUGGAACCAAAGAUCUGAUCGACCGAUACAUCACCACUGCCCUCGACGCCAUCACAACAUUGGUAGAUUUGCAGGUUCAUAAUCGCUGUGAUGGACUGGAGUUGAAAUACAUCCUAGACCAGCUGCUGGCAGCUCGUCAAGCAUUUGGUCGUAGUGCUUUGCUUUUUUCAGGUGGUGCUACAUUUGGAAUGAGCCACAUUGGUGUUUUAAAGGCCCUAUACGAGUCUCAGCUCAUCCCUCGAAUCAUUUCUGGCGCAUCCGCCGGCAGUAUUGUAUGCGCUGUGUUUUGCACUAGGAAGGAUGAUGAACUGCCUGGUCUUUUGGAAACAUAUGCCCAUGGAGACUUUGCAGUUUUCAAUAAAACCGGCCAGGAGGAGAAUAUUUUCCAGAAGACAGCGCGAUUCCUAAAGUUCGGUUCGUUCCUUGACAUUUCUCACUUGGCUAAUACCAUGCGGUCAUGGUUGGGCGACAUUACAUUUCAGGAGGCGUACAACCGCACUCGCCGGAUUUUGAACAUUUGUGUGUCCAGUGCCGGCAUAUAUGAACUACCGCGACUCCUUAACUACAUUUCCGCACCGAACGUGAUGAUUUGGUCAGCCGUAGCGGUAUCCUGCUCGGUGCCGUUAGUGUUCAGACCCUACAACUUAAUGGCUAAGGAUCCCUUGACAGGAGAGGCUAAGCCAUGGAAUGAUCUUGACAAGCAGUAUAUCGAUGGCUCAGUAGAAGGCGACCUUCCAAUGACACGAUUAAGUGAGAUGUUCAAUGUCAACCACUUUAUUGUAUCUCAGGUCAACCCCCAUGUUGUACCUUUCCUACCUAAAGAAGACGGGCCCAUGAUUGGAACCGGGAAUUCAUCCUUCGUACCUCGCUGGGUCAAUACGAUGGCUCACCUUGCUAAAGAUGAAGUUCUUCACCGAAUGACUGUUCUUUCAGAACUUGGAGUUUUCCCAAACUCAAUGACCAAAUUUGCUUCAAUUAUGAACCAAAAAUACAGCGGAGACAUUAACAUCUACCCAGAACUUAUUUCAUCCAAUUUCCCACGGAUCCUGGAGAACCCUACAACGGAAUUCAUGCUUGAAUCCUGUCUCAGCGGAGAACGAGCAACAUGGCCUAGGCUCAGCCGUAUACGUAAUGCAUGUGCCAUUGAGCUUGCUUUAGAUAGAGCGAUACAACAGAUGCGAGCUCGCGUGGCUUUCAGUCCAAACCAUGUUGACUUGCCGUUGCUAUGCUCCUCUCGUUUCUCUAUCGAUUCAGCUGGAAGUUCUACCCGAGGGCGUUUACGCAAUCAUCACCGGAAGUAUUCACACAGACAUGAGUUGGAGAAGCGACCAGGAGGAUCACAAGGUCCCGCCGAAUACGACCUGCGAAAAGCACGCAGCACAAUUUCGCUCGAAAUCACAAAAUCCCAAAUCCCGAACGAUUUCAACUCCGUACCAGGUCGACCGAAGUUCCGCCGUGGGACUUCGCUAUCAUUCGGUGACGGGAAAUCUACAUCUAGUCCCACCAGCGAUGAGGAUAAUGAAGAUGCCGAACUCCCGUUUUUUACCCGCCCUCGGCCCACUAGACAUGGAGCUUCUUGGGAUCCAUCAACCAAUGGAGAAUUCUCGAGCCAUGGAGCAAUCACCCCUGUCCGAUCACGACGAUCCUCUGCCUCCUCGAACAAAUCGCAACAGUCGGCUUCGUUCCGGCCAGGAUCUUCACCAAAGCAGAUAUACGUGCCGUCACCUAAAGAGAUUUCUAUGGCUCUUUCACCAUCCUCCCGUCAUCUUCUCAGUAUGACACCAUCUGUUUAUCCAACUGCCGACUCCCUUACACAAAUAUCACACCGCUGA